AUGUAUGGAUCAGAGAGAUGGUGGGAAUGUGGUGGUGGUAUUGGUGAUGCGGCGGCGAUGGGUGGCGGCGCGGCGGUGGUCCGUGGUGGCAGCAGAGGCGGUGUGGUUGGUUUGGGUUUAAGGGAAGGGGGAGAAGUGACAUUUGAGAUGACUGACUUAGGAUUUAUGCACUAUUUGGUUGGAAUUGAGGUAAACCAAAAUGAAGACAAAAUUUUCAUCUGGCAAAAGAAAUAUGCUCAAAAUUUGCUACAAAAAUUCAAGAUGAAUAAUUGUAAGGCAGUAUCUACUCCUCUAGUCCAUAAUGAGAAAUUACAAAAAGAAGAUGGAUUUGUAGAGGCAGAUGCUUCGCAAUAUAGAAGUCUUAUUGGAAGCCUCCUUUAUCUAACUACCACAAGACCAGACAUCAUGUAUGCAAUAAGUCUACUAUCAAGAUUCAUGCAAAAGCCAAGUCAAAAGCACCAUGGGGCCGCAAGAAGAAUAUUAAGAUAUCUACAAGACGUAAAAGAUUAUGCCAUUCACUAUAAAUCUACCGAAAGCACUUCUGGAUAUGCAUUUAUACUAGGAUAUGGAGUAUUCUCUUGGGCAUCAAAGAAACAAGAAACUGUGGCUCAAUCAUCUGCUAAAGCUGAGUAUGUUGCAGCCGUAAAUACUACUAGUCAAGGAAUAUGGCUAAGGAAAAUAUUUGAAGACUUAAAAGAGCAACAAGAAGAACCAACAACUAUGUUGUGCGACUAA